AUGCCUGCCGUCAUGGCGGCAGGCCCAAUCAUUUGUGGUGCUUGGUAUUUUACCAUAUUAGCUGGGUUUUACAUACUCUACUGUCCGGUAAUGUAUUUGAUGUUUAUCAAUCAUCACUUAUACAGGAAGAUAGUAGAUUUACUCUUUGCACUAUGGGAGCUGUACCCCGUCGCGCUCUUCCAAUGGUGCUAUGGGACUAAGUUGCAUCAUUACGGCGAUUAUGUGAAUCCAAACGAAACGACAAUCAUUGUUAUGAAUCACCGGACAAGAGUGGAUUGGAACUAUGUUUGGAUCGCUCUAUAUCAUGCGACACAGGCAACCUACCCAGAGUGUACUUGUAAAGAGCCGGUAAUUAUGGAGGACGCAAAUUAUUUCGAUACGGUAGCUGGCGGCAAAUCUAGAAUUAAGAUUGUACUGAAGGACGAAAUUAAAUCCGUACCGGGAAUGGGUUGGAUAAUGCAGCUUAACUUCUUUCUGUACGUGAAGAGGAAUUGGCAAGAAGACCAAGUGAACAUGUCGCAGUAUGUGGAAUAUUACAAGAAACUUCGUUAUCGCCAACGCGUCGUGCUAUUUCCUGAAGGAACCGAUUUAAGUGAAGAUAACAAGCGGCGCAGUGAGAAAUAUGCUCUGACUAAACAAUUACCGGUGUACGACUACGUAUUGCAUCCUCGCACGACGGGCUGGUCCACCCUCUGUUCAAGUCUACGACCUGCGGGUUUAGUGUCCGUAUAUGACGUCACUGUUGCAUACGAUACACCUGCGCAGACUGAACUUGAUCUUCUCCGCGGGAAAAUACCCAGACAUGUGUAUUUUUACUUUAAAAGAUAUGCUAUUGAAGAAUUGCCCAGCGAAGAGGAGGCUUUGAGAACAUGGCUCAUGAAUAGAUGGACUGAAAAGAAUGCGUGUCUACAAACAUUUCAUACUGAUGGUGUAAUUUCAGACAUGACAACCAACAGGCCGGUUGCAGAAAGAAUUCCACGCUCGCUGACGGCUGCAAAAAUAGGUUUUAUAUUUUGGUCAAUAAUAGACAUUUUCUUCUUCUAUUGUCUCUGUUUUAGCAUUAUGUUUAGAUUUUGGGUGUUGUACCAUACGCUUCUAUUCAUUCUAGUCACUAAAUACUGCGAUGGUUUUCAGAAAAUACAAUACCGUUUGCUAAAUAGAUUGUAA